GGCGGCGGGCACCGAGUCACCAGGCACAACCGUGGGCUCCGAGUCAACUGGGAUGACCGCUGGCACUGGGUCAGACAUUGGAUCGUCUGGCUGGACAGCGGUCAUCGGGUCACCAGGCAUCAGGUCAUUUGGCUCGACAGCGGGCACCGCGUCAUCUGGCAAGGCAGUGGGCUCCGAGUCAACUGGUAUGACCGCGGGCACUGGGUCAGACAUUGGAUCGUCUGGGCUGGACAGCGGGCACUGGGUCACCAGGCAUCAGGUCAUUUGGCUUGACAGCGGGCACCGCGUCAUCUGGCAAGGCAGUGGGCUCCGAGUCAACAGGCACGACCCGUGAGCACCGGGUCAUCAGGUACCGGAUUGUCUGGCUCGACAGCGGGCAUCGGGUCACCAGGCAUCAGGUCAUUUGGCUCGACAGCGGGCACCGGAUCAGGUACCGGAUCAUCUGGAUCAACAGCGGGCAUCGAGUCAACUGGCCUAAUAGGAUCGUCAGGCUGGAUCAGUUCAUCAUGCUGGGUAGAGGCAUCAGGCCAAGUAGAGGCUUCAGGCCGAGUAGAGGCUUCAGGCCGAGUAGAGGCAUCAGGCCGAGUAGAGGCAUCAG